UAGAUACCGAGCUUCGAAAAUACUCUAAAAAUCUCCCCCUUCGCAAGAGGAAUCCAACGGUGAAAGAAUCGUUGAAAACGAUCGUCAAACGAGAUAGUUAUCACUCGCCGGAGUAUCGCUGAUUUGAGUUUUCACGUCGAAGAACGGAGGAAAAAGGAGAGCUGCGGAAGCCGCCAGUCCAUCCAUGUCCAUCACUGACCCAUAAGGAUUCCGCUACCACCUUCGUUGACCGCACCCGUCGAGGUGCUCAUUUAGAGACCGGAAUUGAGGAAGAGAAUUAGAAGCAUCGAGACUUAAGGUGUUGAGUUGCUCGAUGUUGAAGUUGAUUUCGAGAGAGAGCUUUCGCUAGAAAACAUUAUUAGCAAAUCAUUAUAAAGACGUUAACCGAUCGCUUACUUGCUUCACGCCGUCUAACUCUGCCGGUUCAAACCAAAUGGACUCCUUCAGACUGCUUCUUUUUCCCAAUUCCGUUUCUGAAGAUGAUUUCCUCCUAUGCUUCUAUAAAUGGGGGUUUCCUUAGGCUUAUCAUCUUUUCCAAGAGUCCUGAUCACUACUUUGCACUUUUGCUUAGAAUUGGAGGGAAGCGACUUGUUUCUUUCAAAUCGGCUUUAGAAACGUAUCUGUUGAGUAAGCAGCCUCAUUGAUAUCAACCAUUGGCGAAAGAACUAGGCAUUGGAGUUGUAAAGUCCAAGUGGUUGCGAAGUAUCAAACUCGAGAAUCAAGAAAUAGACCUGGAAAUACAUACAAGGCAAUAGUGCUGCAAGAUGAAGCUGUGAUUCAGAGAUCUUUCAACGAAAAUGAAUUGGACAAUGUUGAGAGCAUGCGAAUUAACUGUUAUUGUAGUCUGAGUGAAGUCGUGAAGAGAAUAUUGAAGCAACUGAAACCAAAUGAGAUAGAGGAGUUCAGAAAGACAGUGUUCGGAUGGGUGUUGGAUGUGGAAGAAAUGCGAGCUGUCAGUGGUCAACUUCAGCUUGGUUUUCUAUGCAACUAUGUCAAAAAGGUUAACCACAUAAAAGAGACAGAAGUCAUUCGCUUCCACAUCCAAAACAGUCUAAUUAGUUUUACAAAAAUAGAUUUAUGCAUUGCAUUGGGAUUGAAAAUGGGAGGUGUGAAACCAACUUUAGAAGAGGAGAUGAAAGGUCCUUUUUGGAGAAAAUAUUUUGGAAAAACAGGUGUGAAAAGAAGUGAGGUACAAAAUGCAUUGAUGAAAUAUAAUAGUGAAGAUGAAGGAAGUGAAGAAAAUGAUGGUGUGAAGCUUGCUCUACUCCACGUGCUAUCACAUGGAUUAUUUGGAAACCAAGUGGCUAGGGAUUUACCAAACUGUUAUGUGAAUCUGGUCGAAGAUUUAGAGGCAUUCAAAACAUAUCCAUGGGCUGAUGAUGUCUGGGCAGAUUUGGUGACCAACAUGAAAACAAAUUGCAAGAGCCUUAAGAAGUGCAAGGGGGAACGUGUGACUCUACCAAGUUGUCUAAUAGCAUUACAAGUAUGAGCUUUUGAAACGUUUACAGGGUUGACAAAGGCAAAUAUAUGCAAGGUCAUUGAAGGAAGAGAAACAGGAAUUCCAAGAGCAGUGAAGUGGGAGUUCAAAAAAAAAGCCACAUAUGGAAGUUUUCUGCAAGAUAAUCUUCAAGAACAAACAGUUUGAAUGGGAAAGGAUGCAGGCUACAAGAUUGGAAAUUAAAAAAUUUCCAAAUUUAAGGGCCAAUAGUGGUCUUAUAGUUGGAAAAAGAAUUGAAGGUGUGGAGGUAUUUCAAAAAAAAAAAGAAAGGGAAGGAUAAGAAAGCAAUGAUUUCAAAGAGAACCGAGAAAAAAAGGAAAAAAUGCAGAUGAUGUUGAGGUAGAGGAUGAUGAUGAAGGGGUAGUGGGUUUUGGAUAUGAGAGGAAAGUGACUGUUGUUUGAGACAAGUCAGGAAGCUAAGCAAAGAAAAUGCCAAGUUAAUGGCAGAAAUGAAACUAAUAAAGAAAGCACAGAAGAGGAAUGAGAGAUUUCUUAAGCAAAUAUUGGACAAGUUAGACAACCAAGAGAAGGCGAAGGAGACAGUAAGUGAGGAGAGUGUAGAUGAAAGCAGCGAUGAUGCAAAUGAAAAAUCAGAGAGUGGAGAUGAGACAAAACAUAAUAUUGAAGACGAUGGUGCAACUACAGAAGAUAAUACCAAAGAUGAUGCUACAUUUGAAGAAGAUAAUGUUGAAGAUGAUGGUACAGCUCCAGAAGAUAAUCAUAAAGAUGUUGUUGCAGCUCCAGAAGAAAAUGUUGAAGAUAAUGCUAAAGAUACUGGUGGAGCUCCAGAAGAUAAUGAUCAGGUGGGUUGCAGUUUGCCAAACUUUAAUAUUUUUGGGCCAGAAACACAGGAAAAAUUUAAGGAAGCAGAUGACAGUGGAACAAUGGAAGAAGAAGAUGUAAGUGAGAAAGGAAGAAGUCAUGACAAGAAUGUUAAAGAUGCAGUAGACGACGAUGGAAGAGUGGAUGAAGAAGGUGAGGGUGCAAGAGUAGAAGAAGCAAGUCGGAAAGGCAAAAAUAAUGAGAAGACUGAUAAUGAUGCUUGGGGAGAUGUGAACACCCAAUUUGUGAAUGAAAUGAUCACAAGUGUGGAUGAAAUAGAAAAACAAAUGCUAGCUAAAGCGAGCACAACUGCUGACAUCAAUGCGAAAGCGCAUAUGGAAAAAGGAGUUGAAGAGAGUGAGAUGAGGGAAAGCAGAACAAAGCAUAAAGAAGUGGAAAAGAAUGUGAAGACCAUAUGCGCACAAAUGCAAAGAAAAAAGCGCAAUGUAAGGACCCCAGACCGAUAUACACCUGGAGAAACUAAAGUUCAGGCUAAGAGAAGAAGGAAGCAAAUAGCUAAGAGAGAUGUAGAGGGAAGUUAUUUUCCUCCAAGAGAGUAUGGACCUUUUGCGGAAGACCCGACUGAGAGACCACCAGAAGAAGAAAUAAAAAAGGUGGAAGAAUAUCUAAAAGUUGGUCUCUUGAAGAAAUUGAAGAAAAAGGGAUGUGAUAGAAAGUACAGGAUUGAAGAGGAAAACAUGCACAAUGUCCCGUUUCUUCUGGAUAUGCACAAAAUAGAGUCCAAAACGUGACUGUAUAAGUUGUUUGUGAAUCCAGAAUGGCUAGAUGAUACGCAUAUUGAUGUGGCAAUGUUUUACUUGAAUAUGAAACAAGUGCACUACAACAUCAAGGGCCCCAAAUACACCACGUGUGGCCCAUUUUUUAUGCAAGUGCUGAGGCGUGAAAAUGAAGAAAUUAAGAAGAGUGUGUCUUCAAUCCAAAGUGCAGCAGACAAUCCGGUAAUUGCAGACGAUAUAUUAGGGAUUGCAUAUCCUUUUGAUCGAAGUUGGGCACAGUCAGAUUUCGUGUACAUACCUCUGAAUACCGGAAACCACUGGAUACUGCUAGUUCUGGAAAUAAAAGAAAGAAAAAUAAGGAUUUACAACUCCAACAGCAGAAGGGCAGAUUCCUUAAGAGAAAUCAGACCUUAUGUGCCGAGCAUUGAGUGCUUUCUUCCAAAAAUAAUGGACAUCCAUGGAGUGUAUGAAGAAAUUGGGCUGGAACCAAUGAAUGACAAAAAGAUUGAGUUGCAAACUGUGGAGGACUGCCCACAACAAGAUGACGGGGGGAACUGUGGCAUGUACGUUUUGAAGUUCGCUGAGUUUCUUAUGAUGGGCAUGGACAUAAAGGAGGUAAGCUCGAUGGACAUGUGCAUGUAUCGGGAGAAAAUGGCAACAAAGUUGGUUUUGUAUAACGCAAAGAGAACAAAGGAAUGUAAAAUGAAGGAGGCAGCUUCGAGAAACAUGACAGAAAAAGGAUGAAAAAUUACAAAUCUAGUCUGAUGAUGCUUUACGGAUGUUAUGUUUUUAGUAUUUGAAUUUUAUGUAAUGGUGUUGAAUGUUUUUGCAAACUGUUGAAGUAAACUGAUGAUAUUGUGAAGCACAAUAUGCUUAAAUAUAAGUGGCAGAAUGUAGUAUACUAUGUUUUUAAAUGCCUAAAUAUUGGCAUGGUUGGGAGAACAUUAUAUAUGACAUUAUAUUUGGUUCAUUAUGUAGUCACAUGGAUAUAAAUUGGUUUUUUUAGUAAUGAGACAAGUAUUAAAAUAA